AGCUCUCUCCCCACCGCGCGGAUCCUUUUUGGAAAUUAAUAUUUAAAAAAAAAAAGCCGAGGACGCAAAGAGGGAGGUGGGGGCAAGAGGAAAGGCGAGACACACAUUCACACACACAGAAAGAGAGAGAGAGACAGAGCCCCACAGUAAGAGGAAGGAAGGAAGGAAGGCAACAGUCGCCGGCCGCCGAUGUGAAGACAGGACUCCGUGCGCUGCUCGCCGCCUCCUGCCCGGCCACAUCGAUGUUGUGUCCGCCGCUCGCUCGCCCGGAUCACGAUGAACGCGCAGCUGACCAUGGAGGCGAUCGGCGAGCUGCACGGGGUGAGCCAUGAGCCAGUGCCCGCCCCUGCCGACCUGCUGGGCGGCAGCCCCCACGCGCGCAGUUCCGUGGCGCAUCGCGGCAGCCACCUGCCCCCGGCACACCCGCGCUCCAUGGGCAUGGCGUCCCUGCUGGACGGCGGCAGCGGCGGCGGCGAUUACCACCACCACCACCGGGCCCCCGAGCACAGCCUGGCCGGCCCCCUGCACCCCACUAUGACCAUGGCCUGCGAGACUCCCCCAGGUAUGAGCAUGCCCACCACCUACACCACCUUAACCCCUCUGCAGCCGCUGCCGCCCAUUUCCACAGUCUCGGACAAGUUCCCCCACCAUCACCACCACCACCAUCACCACCACCACCCGCACCACCACCAGCGCCUGGCAGGCAAUGUGAGCGGAAGCUUCACUCUCAUGCGGGAUGAGCGCGGGCUGGCCUCCAUGAAUAACCUCUAUACCCCUUACCACAAGGACGUGGCCGGCAUGGGCCAGAGCCUCUCUCCCCUCUCCAGCUCCGGUCUGGGCAGCAUCCACAACUCCCAGCAAGGGCUCCCCCACUAUGCCCACCCGGGCGCCGCUAUGCCCACCGACAAGAUGCUCACCCCCAACGGCUUUGAAGCCCACCACCCGGCCAUGCUCAGCCGCCACGGCGAGCAGCACCUCACGCCCACCUCCGCCGGUAUGGUGCCCAUUAACGGCCUUCCUCCGCACCACCCCCAUGCCCACCUGAACGCCCAGGGCCACGGGCAGCUCCUGGGCACAGCCCGGGAACCCAACCCUUCGGUGACCGGCGCGCAGGUCAGCAAUGGAAGUAAUUCAGGGCAGAUGGAAGAGAUCAAUACCAAAGAGGUGGCGCAGCGUAUCACCACCGAGCUCAAACGCUACAGCAUCCCACAGGCCAUCUUCGCGCAGAGGGUGCUCUGCCGCUCCCAGGGGACCCUCUCGGACCUGCUGCGCAAUCCCAAACCCUGGAGCAAACUCAAAUCCGGCCGGGAAACCUUCCGGAGGAUGUGGAAGUGGCUGCAGGAGCCGGAGUUCCAGCGCAUGUCGGCGCUCCGCUUAGCAGCAUGCAAGAGGAAAGAGCAAGAACACGGGAAGGAUAGAGGCAACACACCCAAAAAGCCCAGGCUGGUCUUCACAGACGUCCAGCGUCGAACUCUACAUGCAAUAUUCAAGGAAAAUAAGCGUCCGUCCAAAGAAUUGCAAAUCACCAUUUCCCAGCAGCUGGGGCUAGAGCUGAGCACCGUCAGUAACUUCUUCAUGAACGCAAGAAGGAGGAGUCUGGACAAGUGGCAGGACGAGGGCAGCUCCAAUUCAGGCAACUCAUCUUCCUCAUCAAGCACUUGUACCAAAGCAUGAAGGGAGAACCACAAACUAAAACCUCGGUGGAAAAGCUUUAAAUUAAAAAAAAAAAAAAAAAAAAUUUUUUUUUAAAGACCAGGACCUCAAAAUAGCAGGUUUAUUCUUAGAAAUAUUGGAAGGGAAAAAAAAAAAGUGUUAUUUAUAGUCCAAAGAAACCAAAGACUUAGCUCACCUGCAUUCUGACUUUGGAGACACACACUUCAGCGGGGCAACUAUUUGGCAAGAAAAAUGAUGAGCAGGAAAACACCAUUGGAUCUCACACCUUCAACCCAUGAUCAUUCUCGCUGUGCUUGGCUGGUUAGUGGUUGGAAGCAUAGUGAUUUGGAGCCAUUGUGCGGACAUCCCUUAAGAUCGGACUUUCUCAUCUGCUCUACCAUGCCUUGAAGGUGUAUGGUGUCUCAGUACUGUGCGUGUGUGCGCACACGCGCACACACACACACACACACAAACACACCACCAGUGGUUAGAGACUUAGGCAGGGCUGGUCUUCAGGAAGCAUUGUGCUGUGGGAGUGUGACCACCAUGGUAUGGGGUUGUCUGAGUUCCUUGGAUUAGGAGUGUGAUUUCGCCCGUCUAGCCUAGCGUUUGAACCUGCCAGGCCUGCAACCUAAAUGCAGAUUCAAACCCAGCAAAGAAAAUUUGAAUGACACCUAAACCAGUGCAUUCUCUUUGUUUGUUAAGGAAUGUUCAGAUAUUUUUUAAGAAGUGAAACAAGAGUCCAUUCAUUAAAAAAGAAAAGUCACCUAGGUACCAAAGAACACACUUAAUAUUAUAGUGCAGGUAUUUUAUUGCAAUGAUUUUAAUAUCCAAAGCUAUUUUUACACAAGAUACUAUGUAAAGUUAUACGUAUGAACUGAUCUAGCUGUAAUACACACACCACAUAGAAUCAUGACUAUUAUUUAUGACUCUUGAAGCAUUUGAAAUAUGAGUUUUCACAACUGGCAAGAAAGAAUGUAGCUUCAGGGAAGCAAUUAAGAUCAUGGCAGAGAGGUCGAGGCAGGACUCAUGUAUAUCCAGACAGCACACUCCUUUUCAGGAUCCAUAAAUAUCGCUUAAGUAGAGAGACGUGAUUUAAUAAUCUGUUCCUAGCUGAGAAAACCUGGGGAUCCUUCCAAAGUAGGACCCCAUUUCAUACACUAGAAAACUAAGUUUAACAGGGUUAAGUAACUAAAUUAAAAAUUUUGUUCAAAGUAAUGCUAUUUAGUAAAAGACUACUAAAUAAAGAACUCUACGCAUAGGUUAAUUUGACUUAAAUUUGCUUUAUGUAUUUGCCACCUUUUAAAAUACUUUACAAACACAAAUAAGUAAGCAGAUGAAUAUUAUUAUUAAAAAUGGGCUAUCUAGAAUUUGUAACCAUAGUAAGAAAUAAUCAAACUGAUUUUAUUAAUAAUCCCAGACAUUUUAUGAUUUGGACAUCAAUAAAACAGCAAACCACAACUGAAAAAAAUGGUGGAAUUGGUGGAAAUUCGUAGGAAAAGUCAGAGUUCCAGUGGAAGACGAGACUUUUGGUUCUAAGCAUUAAUUUGUUUCACUAAGAAUAGCCUCCAACGAACCCUACAUUCUUUCUUGCUCCUGCAUUAAGCUGGAAAUUGUAUAAUAUAGAUUCCACUUUCUAACAGGGACGGAUAAAACACUAGACCUUUUAGAAAUAGAAAUCUUAAAUUUCUAUUUUUCAAAUCAUUUAACUGGGGUUGUAGAAGUCAAGGCCAAAAAAAAGAUAAUAAAGUUAUUGCAAGUUGUCCUAAUAGUGCCCCCUAGUGAAUCACUUAAAAAACCAUCUCUGAAUUCAACUGGAUGGUAAUUUAUUUAAGCAGAUGUCUAUUGUACCAUUAGGUAAAGAAUUGGAUACUCUGAGUUAAUUAUCAUACCUAACUAAAAAUAUAAAACUAAAUAUUAUCCUGACAGUGAGAUGUGUCAGAAUGCCAAGGAAGAAAAUUAAACCAUUUUGAUGCCAAACCUAACCCCCUUGGCAUCAAAUCUCAGCAUCUUGUUUAGGUCUAAAGGAGUCAGGUACCCUGAGAGGUGAAGCUAAACCAACAAGCCAUCUGUCUGGGUCUCAUUCCCAUCUGCUGCAGGAUGAGGGGAGGAGACCAAGGUAGACUUCUCCUUUAACAAAAUACUGCUUUUGCCUUGACGUAUUUUGUCUUAGUAUUUUUGGUUAUUUCACCCAAAAUUUCAGCUUAAAAAUUUCCCUUCUAAAUAUGGCACAAUUACAAUUCAGCUAUUAAAAGAGACCAUUUAAAUAACCACCCUUCAAGAUUUGCUAGAAAUACAAUCUCAUCAGUGAUAUAAACAAAAAAGGGAAAAAACAAUUGACAUUUUCUCUCUCUCCGGGAAUGGAGGGAGCGGGGGAUAUAGCUAUCUAGGGUGUUUAUAAUUUAGGAGGGAGGAAAGUCUUUUUUAUUUAAAACAUGAGAAUUUAAAAUGCAGGGAAAUUCAAGCUGUGUCUACACAUAAUCUUACCAAAUUCAAUACCCCGGGACAAAUAAGAGUUGAAUUCAGACAACCAUGUUUUUUGCUUUGUUUUUACUAUGUCACUCCCAAUAUUAAUCCAACUGAAGAUUAUAUUUUCAACCAGUUAUUUUGUUACUGUGUAGGCACAGUCUCAAAGAAUAUUACUUCAUAUUUAAUAUCCCACCGUAAUGUUUUCUUUUAAAAUAACCAGUUAUCCUAUUUGCUGACACCAAAGAUAAUUCUCAUACCAGCAUUGAAUUUGCACCCAUUAUGCAAUUUCAGGGCCUAGAGAUAUAUUUUCUCAUAAACAGAUGCACAAAUCAGAGCCUGAAAAGCAAUUUUUUUACUUGACUGUUUAAGCAUACUCACAACCUUUGCUUUUUAGAAAUGACAAUGGACAAACUUAUAAAAGCUUCUCACAAGCAAUACCCUUACUAUGUCAUGUAUGGCUGAUUCUUUACUUGCUUCUGAACUGGCAUGUAGCAAAAAUACUUCCGUUCCUGUUUUAGUAGCAUUAAUUUAUAGCUUGGAUUGUUAAACCUACAUUCAACAGAGCAGAUCAUGUGCCAUUUGUCCAUCUGUCAUUUCCUAACCUUUUAGCACAGUCACCACAAAAAAGUAUCUCACUCUUUUAUUUGUAGGUUUGUUUAUUCCAAAGCUGCACUUCAAAUAAUACCUUUUUUUUUUUUAAGUAAAAUAGAAGUUAAUCUGUUUUUGACUGUAAAUCAUUCAGGUCCCCUCGUGACUGGAAGCUUUCCUGAAAGAGGGCAGGGAGGUAUGAAGUCUGGACAUCCCCAAAACUCAGACUUCAGUAAACGUUCAGGUUAAAGAGUUCUGGAUGUCAGAAGUAGAGUAUUCCGGCAGACUCCAAAAACCAAAGAAAACACGUGGGGAAUUCCAGAAGUUCUAAACGAACAUGUCACUCACUGUGCCCCCUCCCCUAAAAAACAAAAACAAAAAAACAUAAUUAUUUUUCCAGGAAAAUAUAAAAGCACUACGCUACUUUUGGACUCACUCCACUCCCAUUGCUACCCCAGGCGAAUGACCCAUCUUUGCAGGUUAAUGCAAACUUUGCUAUACCAAAGAGUCUUAGGACAUUUACACAUGAACCAUAACGGCAUUUCCCCUAAGAAAGAUCCUCCCUUCUUUGUACAUAAAGGAUGAAAACUAUGCAUUUAGCAAACAAAGAGAAAGCACUUCUCCCUUUUCUAUCUAGUUGUUUAGGGUGCAUUCAAACCCCAGAGGCUGUUUUGAGACACAUUUGGCCUUCUGGAUUAUUGUUGUGGUGUGGUUAGCUUUCCAGUACAUUUGGUAACUAUUUCCUUAAAUAGCAAGGACAAAGAAGCAGAAGGUAAGAAAUAGCUACUUCCACGUGUUAAAAAAAAAAAAAAAGAAAAAGAAAAAAAAAGUGUAAAGAUCUACUAUUUAUAGUGUGAACCAAAGACGCUACCUCACUCAAUUUCCAUUGGUGAUUUUAAUCACAUUGAUGAUACCAAAGAAUACCAAAGAUAUUUUCAUGUACGGCCUUGGUCUGCAGAGGGAACUCCUCCCCUUUCUUCCCCCCCUCCUCUCCCCUCCUCUUCACUCAGUGUGUAAACUUGUCUUCAUUCUUAAUAACGAUACGAUAAUGUUAACAACAACAGGAGGAAAUACUACUCUUAUUACUGCUAGUUCUACUUGUAAAUCUCUAGGCAAACAUGUUGCAAACUUUGUAAACUCCUAGGACGAGUGCCUUCCUUGAACCAAAGUGUUAAACCGCUGUUGACCUCUUUCACCUUAUACUCUUUGAAUACCUCAGCCUCUUGAAAGGCCACAAAUGAAAAAAGAAAAAAAAAAAAAAGGAAUAAUUAUUCACCGUGGUGCUUUUUCCGUGCAACCAUGCAAUGAAACUUUCUUUGAUACCAAAGGAUGACUUUUUUCCCCCAAUUUCUUGCUGAUAAACCAAAGCUCCUCCUCCUUGUUCCCUCUCAAGGUCACCCCACCCUAUUUCACUGGGUCCCCCCCCCCCAACCAGGCAGGCCGUAUCACUUUUACCAAUUCCUCCAAAUACCUCAUAGUAAUAAAGUUUUAGGGUUAUGUUGUAUAGAGAGUCUAUGUGAUGAGGCAGAACUUACUAGUUUGAUAAUUGUUAAGGUUACUUUAAAAAAAAAAAAACUUUAUAAUUCUUAUUUAUUUUGUAGUUUGUAUGUUUGGGAUGUCCCCCCUCCCCGUUGGUUUGGGGUUUAUUUUCUUGGCAGAACUACUCUAUUGCUCAAGGAAGACUUAAUUUCUGGAAAUGUUCCCCAGGUGAGUUAAGGGUUGUGUAAAAAAUGCAAGAAUGGCAUAAGAAGUGAUUUUCAUUUUGAUGGUUACUAAUGAAGUUUUUGUGUUUCGUAGAAAAUUUUUUUCCACAGGGUAAAAAAAAAAAAAUAUAUAUAUAUAUAUAUAUAAUCUCCUUUUUGUGAAACUGGUUCCUAUUUUUCUCUAUAAUGUGCUGUGAUUUUCUUAAUUUAAUUACAUUUUAUAUGAGCUUAUUUAAUCACUGCUUUAAUUUAUGACUGUGUAGUUUUUAAAAUGUAUAUAGUAGAAUCACAAUGGCCAAAGCUUUAUGUUACAAUCUUUUUGUUCUUGAUGCUGAGAUAAGCUGAAGGCAAGAGCUUCUCUUAACUGCAGGGUGUAUCUUUAGCUUUUUCUUAGUAGGCACAUCAGUGUGUGCUGUGAACACUGCCAGGUCCCCCUUCAGAAACUUGUACAUGCCAAAAUGAGUGUUUCAAGGUAGUCCUUUUUGUCAUUUAGAAAGAAGAAAGACAUUAUUCAUGUUCUUCCUUUAAUUUAUUAAUUUUUCUUUUUUUUUUUUAAGAAAGAUUACUUUGCAGGUAAGACCUGAAAUUCCAAAGAAUUUAAGAAUUUUUUAAUAUUUCAAAGCACUGGCAUUUGUGAGAUACUUUCCUGCUUUUUUUUUUUUUAAACCAUUCGCACAGGUAUGAGAAGUAAAGAGUGUAAAAACUCAAAGAGACAAGCUAACUUGAAUUUGGAAAUCCUCUCUUUUUUCCUAAAUUUCUGAAUUGCUUCAAGUAAGGAGGCAGGGCAUGGGCAAUAUAGUUCCUUUUGCAAAACUGGCUUCAUGCCCUGGAAGAGGAAGUCAAGGUCAAGGCCAGGAGCUACUGAUAUGGCCCCUACGCCUCCGGCCAGCUCACAAAAGCUGCAAAAUGUGAUCAAUCAGCAAUAGAAUUUAAGGGAAAAAAGUCUUUCAAAGUUACAUAUCCCUUUCCACCUCUGUUUCUUGGAAUCUGCUACCCACGACUGCCCCCACCACUGCCCACACAACCCUAGCAAAAUUGUAACAAUUAUCCUGAAAUGUGAAGCUCCCUGGGUGAAUGUACCCCAGACCUAUUUGAAUUUUGUCUCUUCUCAGUCUUCAUCUUCCCACUAGGUGGUUUUCUUUUCUGCACUAGAGACGAUCCCUGCCCCAGCCUCCUUUACUCAAGGCAGUUCAGAUAGUUGGCCCUGGUUUAGAUGAGCACAGACACAGAAUUCUCAACCGACAAGUGGCGUUCUCAGAAAAGCCGGUGCCCACUGUCUUGUUUUAUUUUGCCGAAAUAAGUUGCUUCAACUACAUGUCAUAAACCUGUAGAUGUAAAUAUGUUCCCUCUCAAUACAAGGAUUUUACCUUAUUUUCUUUUGUAGGGGUGUUUGGGAGGGCAGGGGGGAAGGAAAGGGAGGGCUUAGACUUCAGGUCAAAUGUUACAUUUUCUUAGGAACAUUUUUAUACUCAUUACAUAUUUUAAUAGGGCAAUAAAUCUGUUCUGAGUUGCAGGGUCGCUCAGUGCUCUGUUGGUAAGCAAUGAUGAAUUACUUGUUUUUAAUACAAAUGCCGUGCAGUGAGUUGUAGAAAAGCCCGGAAAAUGGUGGAGGGAGGUUGACGUUUACCACCCGCAGUGAAGCGCUGAGCAGAGCUGUGUUCACCAGGUCACCUUUUCUGUUUCUGUGUCAGUCUUGAUUUUGCGUGGUAUGUUCUGCAUUUAUGACAUAAUCAUUGUGGGCUCAUUUUAGAUUUGCCGUCUGAACCAAGUGACGAGAAUUUUUUAAGAAAAUAAAGUUUAAAACCUUGUCUUCCACUUGCUUUGGUAGUCUUCAUAUCUCCCCCCACUCCCUUACUGUCCUGUCUAAAUCAGCCCAUGUGUCCUUAGAUCCUUACCCCCACUAUUUUCCAUACAUCUUCUAGCUAUUGUUUGAGUGUGACUCAGUUUCCCUGUUCAAGUUAGCUUGAUGGUUUAUUAUGUAAGGAGGGUGCCUAAGACAAUCAUCAGGUAAAAAUAAAAAUUAAAAAAAAAAAUCAGUAGUAUAGAAAAUCUUCCAAGAGCAGAGGGAGUUCUUCCUUAGCAAUGAAAAACAACGGAACAAAAAAAAAAAAAGAAAAGAAAGAAAAACAAAAACAAAAAAAGGUAAAU